CGUAUUUGUAACUUUUGCAGAACUUAUUCUUUCAGAGAAUUUAAAUUUAUUUCAGUUUAAAAUGGAGUCGUUUCAAUCUUUCAUAUCAAUGUUUGACAAGCAUGGUUAUAAUGAUGAUGGAGAUUAUGUUGCUACUUCAAAGUUAUCAAACUCUACAGGUCCUGGAAGAAUUGACUCGAAGCUGGCUUCAAAUUUCAGGGAAAUCUACCAACUUAUCACUGGAACUGCUCCUGAUAUAAAGACAUUCGUUCACGCUCCAUAUAAGGACAUUAACACUCCGUUUUCGCCGGGUUUUGGGCAACCUCUUGGUUUAGAAGAAAUUGAAAUGCCAGCUCUUGACCUUGAGUGUGAGGAAGAGUGUUUGCAUUCAAGUUUGUUGCUGUCGUUCAGAAAAGCAAAGAAGUUUUUAUCAAACUUGACUUAUUGUAUAUGUAACAAACUAAUUGGCCCUGAGAUUCUGCCCCUGGUUCUUGUAUGUGAUGGAAAAAAUAACCCAAAGAAAGUUUAUUUCAUGGUUGUGUCCUUGUGCUUAGAUGAUGGUAAAAGUGAAACUCUUGAAGUGAAAAACAUCUCGUGUGUUGGCCCUUUUCCGAGGAGCAAUUGGGAUAACGAAGCCCAAAACCUGAAAACCACAAGUUUGUCAAAGAUUUGUUCCAGUCUGACGUUCCAGCCGCAUAUGUUGGGUGUUGGGGGGGAAUUAGUUCAAAGCAGUUUGGCGAUGGAGUCGUUUUCAAGGUUUGAGUUGUUCAGCGAAAGUGAUCGGAUAAUUAAAGCUAUUGAAGAGAAUGCGUCUCAUGUUUCAAUCGAUGUCUCGGCAGACGAGGUGGUUAACAUCCUCGAAACUCCCCACCAGAAGAUCCACACGGUGGCAGUAAACCUUCGACCCGUGCCCGGUGAUCCGCGAAGUUUGGUUUAUUUUCUUCAUCAGGAUAUUAAGAUAUUGGAAGGUUUGAUGGAGGCUUUGAGUCCGAAGCAGGAAGUCGUGUGGGCCGAUAUUACAGAUGAGGAGGAAAGCGUUGAAAUAUCAAUCGUGGAUAAAAUAGACAAAGUUUUAAAGUCUUUUUAUAAACCGACCAAGAACGAAGCAAAAACAGAUGAUAAAACCAACGACGAUGAAUUGAUUUCUUCCUUAUUUGCUCCAAGACAAGAAUUCGAUUUCACCGAGUGCGUUUGGGAAGUUUUGAAAAUCGUCCAGUCUUAUCAAGAACUUAUCAAAUGUCUUGGAUUAAUAAUGAAAGGAUUAGAAGAUGGAAAAGGAGUUUGUUUCUGGCUGCAUGAAAACAAUCGAUCGUAUCUCGCGAAUAUUAUCCGGCAAUCUUACCAGGGUAAAAUUACGGCCCCAAAAUUUGGCUCAACGUUGCCGAUCCAAGUCCUCAUUGAAAUUGGAAUCGAAAAACUUGGGCAAGACUUCGCGCAGUUCUUUCUCUCGCAUCGUUUUGCUACGAGGGAAAAACUAGAGAAAUACAUGUCACCUGAUGAUGUCAUCGAUGAUGAUGUCAUUAGGUUACAAAACAAGCUGGUUGGCCUAAAGAAGCUACAUCACAUAACUGAGCUGGCAUCACAUUGUUCCUCAAACCUAAUGCUCCCGAUGGAGAAGAUUAACAAAGUUGUGAGAUCAGCGUUGAGUUCAUACACCACGGAAGAUUUUGAUUCCAGCAAAUUAUUCUCGUUUAAUGUCUCGUUGGGUGACGUUAAAGGUUUGUUAGAGUGCUCUACUCCCUCCUUGUGGAGAGUUUGUUGCACGGGAACGAACAUAAACGGGAAGAAUACAAGCAGUGCAUGUUGGAGCCGGGAAUUCCCCUUCAUUGGUCUAAUUAAGCAUGAUGAUGUCAUCGAUGAUGUCAUAGUUGAUGAUGUCACAGACGAUUCACAAGAUGAUAACAAUCGUACUUAUUACAUCACAACCACCACACGACUGUUGUUUCACUUUGUUUAAUCCUGGUGUUCGUUUUGUGCGUUGUUACAUUGUUAUAAUAAAUCCAUGCAAUAAAAUAAAACGACAAUUGU